AUGACAGAAGCUUCUUCAAGUCCUCUACCACCAAUCUAUGAAGAAUCAUCACAGUACCGGCAUUGGCGAUUCAGUCCAUCACAGAUCUGGGACACCCGAAAAUCCAACCAUGAAGCCGCUGUUGAGCGCGUAAGACGUAAUUUUCAGGAAGAUCAGAGAGAAUCGCAAGAGGCCACAACUAACGAUCUUAAAUAUCUGUCGGUCGAUGAUGAAUUAGUGCUAUGUCGAUUCUUUGAGUCACAGCUGCAAGGAAUCUGUUCACACUUUAAGUUUCCAGAUGUCGUCAUGGCAACUGCAGUGAUUUAUAUGAAACGCUUCUAUUUACACAACACGGUUAUGGACUAUCAUCCCAAAGACGUCUUACUCACCUGUCUAUUCCUCGCAACAAAAUCUGAAGGCGAACGAAUUUCGAUCGAGCAGUUUGUACUUGAUCUUCAGUUGCCCGACUCUGACGUUGUAUUGGGUUUGGAGUUCAUCGUAUCUCAGGGACUCAAAUUUGAGUACCUAAUUCAUCAUCCAUAUCGACCUGCCUAUGGCUUCUUUUUGGAUAUGCAGACCAUCAGUGGAAUGGAUAUCCAGCCACUCAAGGAAACAUAUACCAAGGUUCAGCGAAUCAUCAAGUCCAUGCUCUUGACCGACGUUUGUCUGAUCUACCAACCAUCACAAUUGGCACUGGCUGCUUUUGUCAUUGCUGGCAAAGAAACGAGCUUUGACGCUAAAGUGAUCAGUUAUAUUGAAACACGGUUUGGAAGCGAGCAAAAGGAUCAGCUACUGCAGAUGUUCGAUAAAAUUGCUGAUAUACUGGAGCAUGUAACUGUCUCGAAAGAUGAAGCAAGGGUCAUCGAUAGACAACUACGUAUGUGCAUGAAUCCAGCGAACAACCCCGAUUCGGCACUGUAA